AUGUGGUGGCCAUGUAUGGAUCGCGACGUAGCUAACACAGUGCAAGAAUGUGCGGGAUGCGCCGCUGUGAGUAGACAACAUCCACCGGAGCCAUUGACACGUAAAGAAAUGCCAGAGAGAGCAUGGCAGGAAAUUGCUGUCGAUUUUUUCUCUGCCAAGGAAAUCGCUACAUUCUUGGUGGUGGUCGACUACUUCAGUCGAUUCCUGAAAGUGAUCGAAAUGACUGGUACAACUGCGACCAAAACAAUUGACGCAUUAGAAGGGAUAUUCCGUGAACAAACCUACCCUGAAACUAUUAGAAGCGAUAACGGCCCUCCAUUUGCAAGUGAGGAGUUUUUGAGUUACUGCAAUAGUAAAAAUAUCAGGUUGGUGCGCACUAUUCCUUACUGGCCGCAAAUGAAUGGCCUCGUCGAAAGGCAAAAUCAAGGAAUACUCCGGGCAUUGCGCAUCGCCAAAGCAACCAACAUUGAUUGGAGGAAAGCAGUACAAGAUUACGUUUAUAUGUAUAACACGACACCACAUUCUGUUACCGAUAAAGCUCCAAUGGAGUUAUUAACCGGCCGGCCGGUGAAAGAUCUACUACCAUCUCUACGAACCGAUCCUCACUGGCUCAGAGAUGCUGAUGUGCGUGAGAAGGAUGCAAUGCGGAAGAUGAGAGCAAAACUCUAUACAGAUGACCGCAGACAGGCAAAGUCAUCUGACAUCAAGGAGGGUGAUAUGGUUAUGCUUCGGAAUUAUGAGACUGGAAAGCUGGAACCAAAGUUCCGUCUUGAAAAGUUCAAAGUUGUCAAGAAAACUGGCAAUGAUACUAUUGUCGCAAAUGAAGAAGGCGUAAUGUACCGGCGGUCCGUUACACAUUUGCGGAAGUACCCCUCAACACGUGGUGAAAACCUAAAUCCAGAAUCCCAGCAGUUAGAAUCACCCACGCGAGAGAAACAUCCAAUGAAGUUUGACAAAAAUUGGAAAGUCGAAGAAGAGAAAGCAGCAAGCAAAGCGACCGUCAAUUGCAGGGAAAACAAAGGAAACGACACCGGAUCGUCCAUCAUGCUGGCUACGAUGACGGCGGCAGUGGCGGCGUUGGCAGGAAAGAAAACCAAUCCCAUUUGUGUGUGUCCGAUCGCCGCCAACAAUGGUGGUACGGACCUGCCAGGCGAUUAUUCGGUUCCGGUCAAUUAA